CUAACACAUUCUUUUAUAUAUUUAUUUUUUGUUAUUUUUUGUAUAUUAUAGAUUAUAAUAAUUAAUAUAACAAAUUUAUAAAUUUGAUAUGGAAGAUAACUCAUACUUUGAGGAGCUGUGUACCCAGGUUUACAAUUACUACGGAAAGGCUAGGAAUGUGGACCCGAAUAAACAUGCUUUAGUCAUGCUAAGGUCAAUGGGAGAAUUCUGGACUGAAGAUGAGGUGAAAAACGCCCUUUUAAACCUAAAUGACCGGCAGGAGUUUUUAAGCUUUACAAAUUUCAGGCGCUUAGCCAAAUCUAAGUGGUAUGACCCUAACAAUAAUGAGAAUGAGGAAGGGGAACAAGUAAACGAUGAUGGAUAUGGGAACCAAAUACAUAUGCUCUCAGAAGAUAUCCAAAAAUUCAAAAACGCCUUCAAUAGGGUGUCAAAAUUCUACACAGGAAAUGAAGGUGAGAACAAAACACUCCCUGUAAAUGUUCUUUAUAACAUUCUCACUAAUUUUGACAACCCUAUGCCCAAGAGGGUUGGAACUUAUCUUGUUUCUAGCCUCAAUGUGUACAAUAACGAGGUUUCAGCAAGGUCACUGCUAUGCUUAAUUGCAAAAAGGGAAGAGUUCGGCAAGGUUCUGUGACCUCCAAACUUGUUAAAAUUUAAUUCAAUUGACUUAUUCCAUUAAAAUUUAUAUUGCAAAUUUAAAUUUCAAAUUUCA